CGCUUUAAGUACAUGUGCGCAUGUGCGAAACUCAGCGGACCCGUUUGUGUCUGUCUCGGGGGAUAACUAUCUUUAUGUGUGUGUUACUCUUCGGUUGUUUACGUUCCCGUUUCACACCGAGCUCGUGACUAAAAAGACCCCCCCCCACAGAGACCAGAGAAGUGUCCCUGGUACCUGUGGGUCUGAGGUCUGAGACCAGAGAAGUGUCCCUGGUACCUGUGGGUCUGAGACCAGAGAAGUGUUCCUGGUACCUGUGGGUCUGAGACCAGAGAAGUGUUCCUGGUACCUGUGGGUCUGAGGUCUGAGACCAGAGAAGUGUCCCUGGUACCUGUGGGUCUGAGACCAGAGAAGUGUUCCUGGUACCUGUGGGUCUGAGACCAGAGAAGUGUUCCUGGUACCUGUGGGUCUGAGACCAGAGAAGUGUCCCUGGUACCUGUGGGUCUGAGACCAGAGAAGUGUUCCUGGUACCUGUGGGUCUGAGACCAGAGAAGUGUUCCUGGUACCUGUGGGUCUGAGGUCUGGGAUGGCGGUGAACCCUCUGAGGGCCGAAGUGGUCCGGCUCUACAAAAACCUGCUCCACCUGGGACGGGAGUACCCUAAAGGCGGCGAGUACUUCAGGGACCGCCUGAGAGCGGCGUUCUCUAAGAACCGGGGCGUGCAGGACCCGCAGCAGAUCCGGGACCUGAUCUCUCGGGGGGAGUUCGUGGCCAAAGAGCUGGAGGCGCUCUACUACCUGAGGAAGUACCGAGCCAUGAAGAAGCGCUACUACGAGGACUAGGACCCCCCAGACGGAUCAGAGACUCGGGGGGGUGGGGGGGGGGGGGGUCUACAGCGCUACGACACAACACAAACCUCUAGUUAUGAUCCAGCUCGCGUCUCUACGACGGCCAAUCACAGACGUUAUGAGACGUUGAUGGGAGCUGCGUGAAUAAUAAAUAUUUUCACUGUUAUCGUUUGUCUGUUUGGUCGACAAAAAAACCCCCAAAAAAUAACGCAGACAUCAAAGAAAAAAAAGUGACAAAAACAUCUGCAAAGGCGACAGAAAACGUCGGCAAAAGUGACAAAAAUAACGUUUUUAUUUGUCGUGAACCUUGAUUGACAGGCGGCAGAUCUGAUUAAUGUCUUUGUCACUUUGGUUUUUUCUCAGUUUAUUUUCAAAAAAAAAAAAAAAAAAAGUCAAUGUUUUGUUCAAAUUUUUGUCACUUUGUUUUGUUUUGUGACAAAUUGGGGGGGAAAAACUGAAAAAGUGACAGAAAGCAGAUCUGACCUGCAUAUCGACCGAGGUUCACAAUCAAUAAAAAGGCUUUUUUGACACUUUUUCUGGGGUUUUAUUAAUUUAAUUAAUAAUUUGUCACUGGUUUUCUUCUAAUUCUUUCAGGUUUUCCCCUAAUUUUGUUUUGUCACUUUUUGUUUCCCCCCAGUUUGACAGUUUCCUAAUUUCUGUCACAUUUUCUGUUUUUUCCUCUUUUUUGUCCCUCUAAAUGAGCGAGGGGCCGCAUCCGGCCCGCGGGCCUCGCGUUGGACCCCCCAGACUCCCGGCCCCGUUACAUCCCACUGUAACAUGAUGUCAUCAAUAAAUAAUCCAGAAGGAGUAGACACCAGAGGGAAAAGUCUCGACAUUUAAUACAGAACGACAGCAGCAGGUUAAAUAAACAGUAUAAAAACAGACGAGUUGUCCUUUAAAACCACGGGGACGGGGACGCCCCG